CAUCUUUGUGACCGAUUCUCACAGUUUGUUUACACUCGUCAUGGCAGCAAACACAGCGCAUUUAAACGGGAAAGAGAGAGAGAGAUAUUUGGUAAAGACGGCGAUUAUUGGAUGCGAUCCCUAUUUGUUGCCCCCAACUGUAUUUUGUUUAUUGAAUUCGGCUAAGUGUCUUCCCCAACUAACUUUUCCCGACAUAUAUAUUUAUCUUGUUCACAAUCCAUCUUCAUUCACCGGAGAGAGCCUGAAGGCUUUUAAGAGCACAGAUGCAUAUCAAUACGCCGUUGCCGGGUGGGUGAACGACACCAAGAUAUGGCAUGUGGAGAAGACACACCUACAUGUGAUCACAGCGAAGGUCAAUCAUUCCCAGGCUUUGAACAGCAAACCAACAUCUCCAUGGAUUGUGGUGCAGGAGGACGGGACAGUGGUGAUGGCGCAUUGUACAUGCAUGGCAGGGUUAGGAGAGGUUUGUUCCCACGGAGCAGCACUUAUGUUUACAGUUUUGGCUGCUGUUGAGAAGAGAGAAAACCAGACAUGCACAGAGAAGCCAUGCACAUGGACACAGCCUAGCACUAAAAUGGUGAAGUACGAUGAGGUGUCUAACAUCUUCGCCAUCAAAGAACAAGUUCAAACCGAAGACCUGUUUCAGCACAUGAGACCAUCUGCUGAUGAUUUCAAGUUAUUCUGUGAACAACUCCACCAAAGUGAAGAACAAGAGACAAAGCCCAAGAAAAGUGCUAUCCUGUCGGUCAUUGAAGGCCAUUCUCACAGAUACACGCCAAAGACUGUACAACUGGAUCUGCCAACACCCCUUACCAGUCUGUAUCAAAGCAGCAGACUUGUACUGGAUUUGCCUGCACUGCUAGAGGAGGGUGCCAAAGUCUUUGAGGAGCUGAAUCUCACACCAGAGCAGAUGGGGUUUACAAAACGAGGACACUGCCAAAAAGUCUUACCUGGUGGCUAUGCAAGAUCACCAUGAAGACAUUAAUGUUGCAGCAUCAGGGCUCAUCCUUAACCCAGAGCUGCCAUGGAUUGGUGCAUCCCCAGAUGGUAUCGUGACCUGUGCUUGCCAUGAGCCUGGCAUUUUAGAAAUUAAGUGUCCUUUCAGCGCUAAAGACCGCAGUCUACUUGAAUGCACCAAAGACUCGUGGUUCUGCCUGACUGUCCCUGAGGGAGGUGUGAUGAGCCUAAAGCUAGAUCACAGCUAUAUGUAUCAAGUGCAGGCACAAAUGCGUGUCGCAGAGGUAAUGUUCUGUGAUUUUGUUGUGUGGACACCUCAAGAACUUUUUAAACAGCGCAUCAUGUUUGAUGGCGCAAUUUUUGAUGUUGCCCAUUCAAAGGUGGUAAACUUCAUCAGAACGGGGAUACUACCAGAGUUGUUGGGUAAAUGGUUUACUGUGCCACGCUUCUCCCCCACUGCAACCUCUGACAAAACAUCUGGGGGACAUUAAGAAGCUGACAAUAAAUAAGCUCUUCUUGUCAGA